UAUUUUAGAAAAUUCGCAAUUAUUAUUAAUCGUCUCUCUAUCUAUCUCUCUCGGGAUUGGGUCUCAAAUCUUUUUUUGUCUUCAACUGUUCGAACCUCUUAUGCUUUUGUGUUUCCUGAUUCAGCCACAUCCACACUUCACACCACAAAACACAAUCUCUAGGGUUUUUAAUUCUUAACUUUGAUUCUCUCUCCCUCCUCAGUCCUCAAGGAUCUCAUUUCCCGACCAAAUUCAUCGAACUAACAACACAACUUCACUGUAAUAAAACUUUAAAGAAACAGAACAAUGGCGGUUUAUUACACAAGUAAUGUCGGUUGUUACCAGCAAGAACCUAUCUUUCUCAACCAUCAACAACAACAACAACAGCAAGCUUCUUCUUCCUCUGCCGCCGCUUCUUUCACCGUCACCGGCGGUGACAAUGUUCGUAACGAGAUGGUUUUCAUCCCACCCACCACAGGAGACGUUGUAACUGUAAACGGUGCCGUUUCGAGCAGCGAUUUAAGUUUCCACGAUGGUCAAGGACUGUCUUUAAGUCUCGGCACUCAGAUCUCUGUUCCUCCGUUUCAAUAUCAUCAGUACCAGUUGGGUUUUACUCAGAAUCCGUCACUAUCUUCAGUCAAGGAAACGUCAACUUAUAAUGUGGAUGAGAUGAGUGUGAAGAGCAAAGAGAUGUUGUUGUUGGGUCAAUCUGAUCCUUCCUCUGUUUAUGCUGGUAAUGGUGGGAAUGGUUUCUACAACAAUUAUCGGUAUAACGAGACAUCAGGAGGGUUUAUGAGCGGUGUUUUGCGUUCUCGGUACCUUAAACCUGCUCAGGGUUUGCUUGAUGAAGUGGUUAGUGUCAAGAAAGAACUAAACCAAAUCGGUAACAAGAAGAUGAAAGUUAACGACUUUAACAAUGGUUCCAAGGAGAUAGGCAGAGGAGGCAGUGGCGAGUUAUCGAGUGAUUCUAAUGGGAAAUCAAUUGAGUUAUCUACAGUUGAACGUGAGGAGCUUCAGAACAAGAAGAACAAGCUUAUGACAAUGGUUGAUGAGGUAGAUAAAAGAUAUAACCAAUAUUACCAUCAAAUGGAAGCAUUAGCUUCAUCAUUUGAGAUAGUAGCAGGACUUGGAUCAGCUAAGCCUUACACAUCAGUCGCUCUCAACAGAAUCUCUCGCCAUUUCCGCGCUCUUCGUGAUGCGAUAAAGGAACAGAUUCAGAUUAUUAGAGACAAACUUGGGGAGAAAGGAGGAGAGUCGUUGGAUGAUCAACAAGGAGAGAGAAUACCAAGGCUGAGGUAUUUAGAUCAACG